AGAAGGGGCGUGUGGCCCGAGGAGCUCGCGUUUUAGCAACUUGGAGCGGGCGAGGCGGCCGAGGGGAGGGCGAAAGUUUGCUUCCCCGACGUCAGCGCCGGGCAGGCCGCGGCGGCCGGGGGCCGAGGAGGCGGCGGGCAGCGGGGCCCGAGCGCGGGGCGGCCGGGGCGCGCUCGCUCCGACCCGCGCCUGCCACCCGCGCCGGCGACGCCGGGGCCCUCGUGGGCAUGGACAGCGCGGCCGCCGCCGCCUUCGCCCUGGACAAGCCGCCGCUGGGCCCGGGGCCGCCGCCGCCGCCGCCGCCGCCGCCGCCGCCGCCGCCGCCCUCCGCGCUGGGGCCCGGCGACUGCGCCCAGGCGCGCAAGAACUUCACGGUGAGCCACCUCCUGGACCUGGAGGAGGUGGCGGCGGCCGGGCGGCUGGCGGUGCGCCCCGCGGCCAGGGCCGAGGCGCGGGAGGGCGCGGCGCGGGAGCCGUCCGGGGGCAGCAGCGGCAGCGAGGCGACGCCGCAGGACGGUGAAUGUCCCAGCCCCGGGCGCGGGAGCGCCGCCAAGCGGAAGAAGAAGCAGCGGCGGAACCGCACCACGUUCAACAGCAGCCAGCUGCAGGCUCUGGAGCGCGUGUUCGAGCGCACGCACUACCCCGACGCCUUCGUGCGCGAGGAGCUGGCCCGGCGCGUCAACCUCAGCGAGGCGCGUGUGCAGGUCUGGUUUCAGAACCGCCGGGCCAAGUUCCGCCGAAACGAGAGGGCCAUGCUGGCCAACCGCUCCGCCUCCCUGCUCAAGUCCUACAGCCAGGAGGCCGCCAUCGAGCAGCCCGUGGCUCCCCGGCCCACCGCCCUGAGUCCCGAUUAUCUUUCCUGGACAGCCUCGUCCCCCUACAGCACGGUGCCACCCUACAGCCCUGGAGGCCCAGGCCCUGCGACCCAAGGAGUCAACAUGGCCAACAGUAUCGCCAGCCUCCGUCUCAAGGCCAAGGAGUUCAGCCUGCACCACAGCCAGGUGCCCACGGUGAACUGAUGACCGACCCCCCAGGACCCCGCUGCCUCCCUGGUCUAACAGCAGCCAAGACGGCAGACAAGAAAGUGGCCUUCCCCUGUCCGCUGUCUCCAGGGCAGGCUGAUUGGGCUCUCCUGGCCCCUCUCUCCAGUCCAGACUGCUGGGCCCAAGAGGCUGCUGAGAUUGCUGAGAUGCUGGGAGCCCUUUAUCUACAGCCGUGGGAGACCUUGGCCCAUGACCUUUGGAGGGAUUGGGCCAGAGAUGGAGAAGGAGCCCACCAAGGACUACAUUUAUUUUGUGUAUUAAAACCGAAAAGCUUUUUUCUUUAAGAAAUA